AUGCAUUCUAUCGUACGUCAUCGUCUAUCUUCUACUACGACUUUUCGCUCUUCCUUGCUACUGUGUCGUGUCUCUUCUAUCUCUGAGUCUGUAUUCAACAAACGUGACGGUUCCAAGGGACAAAUUGACAGCGCACGUGCCUUUAUUGAGUUUAAACGCGAGGCAGAUCCAUACCGUAAUGUGGUGGAGCGUGUCCACGACUGGAACGAGAUCAACACGAGUCAUCGUGACCCGACAGAGCGUAAGAUUCAAGCAGCCCGUUGUAUGGAUUGCGGUACUCCCUUUUGUCAGACAAACACGGGCUGUCCCGUAUACAAUUUAAUCCCCGAGUGGAACGAGCUCGUGUUUCGUGAUGAAUGGAAAGAGGCCAUUGACCGACUUCAUAAGACUAAUAACUUUCCAGAAUUUACAGGGCGUGUGUGCCCUGCACCAUGCGAGGCUGCGUGCGUUGCUGGACUGGUGGAUGAUCCAGUUACUAUCAAGAAUACAGAGUAUGCAAUUGUAGAUCGUGCUUUUGAAGAAGGAUGGAUUGUUCCCCGUAUUCCACGUCGCAAUGGUCUUCGAGUGGCAGUCGUGGGGUCCGGUCCUGCUGGUCUUGCAGCCGCUGAUCAGCUGAAUCAAAAGGGAUAUUACGUCACAGUCUACGAAAGGGAGGAUCGCAUUGGUGGUCUCCUUAUGUACGGUAUUCCUAACAUGAAGCUGGAGAAAAAGACGGUUAAUCGUCGCGUUGAUUUGCUGCGGGAGGAAGGCAUUGAGUUUGUCACAAACGCUGAGAUUGGAGGCAAUAUGCCGGUGGAGCAGCUACAAGCUAAAAACGACGCCAUCGUGUUGGCCCUGGGCUCUACGGUGCCACGUGAUGUCGACAUUCCUGGUCGGGAUCUCAAGGGCGUUCACUUUGCCAUGGAAUUCCUUACAAAGAACCAGAAGCGACUGUUGCUGACGGUGGACGGGAAGCUGCAAAGUGGAUGGGACCGUGAGUUUGUCACUGCAGAAGGCAGAGAUGUUGUGGUCAUUGGCGGUGGUGAUACGGGGACGGACUGCAUUGCUACGUCCAUGCGGCAGCGGUGCAAAUCGGUGAUUAACUUGGAGUACAACCCGCAACCUCCGGUUCAACGUGCCCCAGGGAAUCCGUGGCCCGAGUAUCCCCGAAUUUAUGGUGUUGACUAUGGCCAUGCCGAGGUGCGCUCCGUGUUCGGUGAGGAUCCGCGUCAGUAUUCUCGUGUCACGAAGUCGUUCAAAGGCAACGACAAGGGUGAGAUUACUCACGUGGUCACCGUGCGGGGUGGCAAGGACCCCAAGACGAACACUAUCACGGAAAUUCCUGGCAGCGAGGAGGACAUCCCGUGCGACCUGGUGCUCCUCGCCAUGGGGUUCGUGCACCCAGAGCAAAAGAUUGCAGAGGCUCUUGGGCUAGAGACCGACCAGCGCCGCAAUAUUCGUGCUGCGUACGGCGACUUUCAAACGUCAGUGGAAGGCGUGUUUGCUGCUGGCGAUUGCCGGCGUGGUCAGUCUUUGGUAGUAUGGGCGAUAAAUGAAGGCCGCGGCGUUGCAGACGCAGUGGAAAAGUAUUUUUUGCAGGAAGGGUUUCACCCGGAGGUAUCUCAGAACCAGCGCUUCGGUUAG